GAGCUCACUGGAGAAUCUCCAACAGCGGAGCGGGCCUUCAACUACCAUCUUACCACCUGCUGAGGGACAAAACCCUCCAAGACUCAAGCGCACGGUGGACACCGGAGGCCCCAUGGCCCUGGACAAGCCAGGGGAGGGAGCUACCAUGCUACGCUCAUUCGCCCUCUUGCUUUUUUGCAUUGGGAUGCAGUCUCAACCGGAGCUGUGGAUAGAGAGCAACUACCCCCAGGCCCCAUGGCAGAACAUCACACUUUGGUGCAAAAGUCCCUCUGGGCUGUCAAGCAAGUUCCUGUUGCUGAAGGAUAAGACACAGAUGACCUGGAUUCGCCCUUCCUACAAGACCUUCCAAGUUUCAUUCCCGAUAGGUGCCCUGACUAAGUCCAAUGCUGGUCUCUACAGAUGCCGCUACUGGAAGGAGACAGGCUGGUCAGAGGCCAGUAAAGUUCUAGAGUUGGAGGCACCAGGCCAGCUGCCCAAGCCCAUCUUCUGGAUCCAGGCUGAGAGCUCCCCUCUUCCUGGGUGUAAUGUUAAUAUUCUCUGCCAUGGUUGGCUGCAGGAUUUGGUAUUCAUGCUGUUCAAAGAGGGAUAUGCAGAGCCCGUGGAUUACCAAGUGCCAACGGGGACAGUGGCCAUAUUCUCCAUUGCCAACAUGACACCUGAGAGUGAGGGAGUUUACAUGUGCCGCACUCAUAUCCAGAGGCUCCCCACUCUGUGGUCAGAGCCUAGCAACCCCCUGAAGCUGAUUGUGGCGGGACUCUAUCCUAAACCAACUCUAACAGCCCACACUGGGCCCAUCAUGGCACCCGGAGAAAGUCUGAAUCUCAGGUGCCAAGGGCCAAUCUGUGGAAUGAACUUUGUUUUAAUAAGAUUUGAAGACAUGGAGAAGUCCCUUUACCUCAAGAGGCCAAUAAAAAAUGAAGCAUAUUUCUUCUUCUGGGCUUUGAAAAUCCACGAAGCUGGACAUUACCUCUAUUUUUACUAUGAUGGGUCAUACAGGGCUUCACUGAAAAUCUGGGUAACUGACAUUUUCCAGGAGACCUGGCUACUUGCUCAGCCCAGUCCUGUGGUCCAAAUGGGUCAGAACAUGAGCCUGUGGCGCAGAGGGCCAGUGGAUGAGGUGGGACCUUCACUCUGUGAAAAAGGAGAAGAUAUCGAUGAUAAGCAGCCAUUCUUCCUCAGCAAUGUGACCUACAGGGAUGCUGGCAUCUGUAGUUGCUGCUGUCUCCUUUCCUGGAAGACCUCCAUCAGGAUGACAUCACACAGGACUGUGGAUCUUGUGGUUUUAGAUAAGCCGCCCAAGCCCUCUCUAGGCACCUGGACUGGAACCAUGUUCAAGCGAGGAAAGGCCAUCAUGCUUCAGUGCCAAGCGCCUCAUCCAGUACUUGAAUUUCCUCUGCAAUGGGAAAAAAGAGCAACAUUCCAGAAGUUCUCAGUGAAAGGAGACUUCAUCUUCAGUAAUGUUAAAGGGAAAAUCACAGGGACCUACAGCUGCAGCUGUCGCGAGCAGUCACACCGUGACAUCUGGUCGCAUCACUGUGAGCCUCUGAAACUGAUGCGACCAGCAGGUGCCUUCACCUGGAAUUACAUUCUGAAUGAAGCCAUCAGGCUGUCCUUGCUCAUGCAGCUUGUGGCCUUGCUCUUGGUAGUGCUGUGGAUAAGGUGGAAGUGUCGGAGACUCAGAAUCAGAGAAGCCUGGUUGCUGGGAACAGCUCAAGGGGUCACCAUGCUCUUCAUAGUCACAGCCCUGCUUUGCUGUGGACUGUGCAGUGGGGUAUUGACAGAAGAGACUGAAAUAAUCAUGCCAACCCCUAAGCCUGAGCUGUGGGCAGAGACCGACUUCCCUCUGGCCCCGUGGAAGAACUUAACCCUCUGGUGCAGAAGCCCUUCUGGCUCAACUAAGGAGUUUGUGUUGCUGAAGGACGGGACGGGGUGGAUCGCCACUCGCCCGGCCUCAGAGCAGGUUCGGGCUGCAUUCCCGCUGGGCGCCCUGACCCAGAGCCACACCGGGAGUUACCACUGCCACUCGUGGGAGGAGAUGGCUGUGUCCGAGCCCAGUGAGGCACUUGAACUGGUGGGGACAGACAUCCUCCCCAAACCUGUCAUUUCUGCUGCGCCCCCAAUUCGGGGUCAGGAGCUGCAAAUCCGGUGCAAAGGAUGGCUGGCAGGCAUGGGGUUUGCUCUGUAUAAGGAGGGGGUGCAGGAACCUGUCCAACAACUUGGUGCUGUCGGGAGAGAAGCCUUCUUUACAAUCCAAAGAAUGGAGGAUAAAGACGAAGGCAAUUACAGCUGCCGCACUCACACUCAAGCGCGCCCCUUCCAGUGGUCGGCGCCCAGCGAGCCCCUGCAGCUGGUCAUAAAAGAAAUGUACCCCAAGCCCUUCUUCAAGACAUGGGCCAGGCCUGUGGUCACUCCUGGUGCUCGAGUGACUUUUAAUUGCUCCACUCCCCACCAGCACAUGAGCUUUAUUCUUUACAAAGAUGGAAGUGAAGUAGCGUCCAGCGACAGGUCCUGGGCAAGCCCAGGCCCCAGCGCAGCUCAUUUUCUGAUAAUUUCGGUUGGCAUCGGAGAUGGAGGGAAUUACAGCUGUCGCUACUAUGACUUUGCCAUCUGGUCUGAGCCCAGCGACCCUGUGGAGCUCGUGGUCACAGAAUUCUACCCCAAACCCACUCUCCUGGCACAGCCCGGUCCUGUAGUGCUUCCUGGGAAGAACGUGACCCUGCGCUGUCAAGGACCUUUCCAGGGCAUGAGGUUCGCCCUCUUGCAGGAGGGAAUCAAGGCUCCCUUACAGUUCCAGAGUGCCCAGGGAAGCUCAGCUGACUUCCUCCUGCAUGCUGUAGGAGCAGAGAAUUCUGGAAACUACAGCUGUGUCUACUAUGAGACAACCAUGUCAAAUCGGGGAUCACAUCUGAGCACGCCCAUUAUGAUCUGGGUGACAGAUACAUUCCCCAAGCCAUGGCUGUUUGCUGAGCCCAGUUCUGUGGUCCCAAUGGGGCAGAAUGUUACACUCUGGUGCCAAGGACCAGUCCACGGAGUAGGGUACAUUCUGCACAAGGAAAAAGAAGCCACAUCACUGCAGCUCUGGGGGUCUACUAGUAAUGACGGUUCCUUCUCCAUCACAAAUAUAUCUGGUGCUAGCAUCGGGCGUUACAGCUGUUGCUACCACCCUGACUGGACCAGCCCCAUCAAGAUACAGCAGAGCAACAUCGUGGAACUCAUAGUCACAGGUUUGCUCCCCAAACCCAGCUUAUUAGCACAGCCUGGUCCCAUGGUGGCCCCCGGAGAAAACAUGACUCUUCAGUGUCAAGGGGAACUGCCAGACUCAACAUUUGUCCUGUUGAAGGAGGGUACUCAGGAACCCUUAGAACAACAGAGGCCAGGUGGUUACAGGGCUGAUUUCUGGAUGCCUGCACUGAGAGGAGAAGACUCUGGGACCUACAGCUGUGUUUACUACUUGGAUUCUGCUCCUUUUGCAGCCUCCAAUCACAGUGACUCCCUGGAAAUCUGGGUGACUGAUAAGCCCCCUAAACCCUCCCUGUCAGCCUGGCCCAACUCCAUUUUCAAGCUGGGGAAGGACAUCACCCUUCAGUGCCGAGGCCCCCUGCCCGGAGUUGAGUUUGUCCUGGAGCAUGAAGGAGAAGCAGCACCCCAGCAGUUCUCAGAGGAUGGAGACUUUGUCAUCAACAAUGUAGAGGGAAAGGGCAUUGGAAACUACAGCUGCAGCUAUCGCCUGCAGGCCUACCCUGACAUCUGGUCAGAGCCCAGUGACCCCCUGGAGUUGGUGGGGGCAGCAGGACCUGUUGCUCAGGAGUGCACUGUGGGUAACAUUGUCCGAAGUAGCCUGAUUGUGGUGGUUGUCGUGGCCUUGGGUGUGGUGCUGGCCAUAGAGUGGAAGAAGUGGCCCCGCCUGCGAACCAGGGGCUCAGAGACAGAUGGAAGAGACCAGACCAUAGCCCUUGAAGAUUGCAACCAAGAAGGAGAACCAAGUACUAACACCAACUCUCCCUCAUCAAUCUCUCAGGGUACCUCAGUGGAACUACCAGUCCCAAUAUAA